UUCGAGACGGCGUUUGCGUAUAUCAUGUUCAGCGUGCAGUGUGCAGUCUCUCUGGUCGGAAACUCUGCCAUGAUGUGGCUCAUUCUGUCCAAAAGGAGCCUCCGAACUCAUACGAACUACUUCAUUCUAAAUCUGGCAACUUCCGACGUGCUCACUACAAUCCUAAACACGGCCACUCUGGCUAUAUAUAAUAUUCAUUACGACUGGAUAUUUGUCCCUGCUGCUUUGUCGUGUAAGCUCAUCCAGUUCAGCGGACCAGUUUGUCUGGCUGCUUCUAUUGGGACCCAUUUGGCCAUCUGCUACGAGAGACACCGGGUCAUCCUGACGCCCCUGCAACCACGACUGUCAGAGAAGAGCAUCUACAAGAUCAUAGUGGCCAUUUGGACAGUGGCCAUAGUUUACUCCGCGCCAUACUUAUUCGUAUACACCACAGUCACAUACCAGGGCAGUAGCACUAUGGCUUGUGUGCCAGGGUACCAGUGGAGUCGAUUUUUUCUUCUCUACACUUUCCCCUUGGCCAUCAUGUGCAAAAUGUACUGGAGGAUCAGAUCGCAACUGUGGAACGAACGGGACGCCCAGAUACUCUACCAGGGCAAUGGAUGUGGAUCUGACAGACAUAGCAACCACAGUGAGAUGACACAAGUCAACACCGACAACAUCAGUUGUGGCACGGGGGCGGGGUCUUUCAGAAGAAGUGACGGCCCUCACAAUGACAAAGACAGCUGCACAAACUGCCCGAACUGCACAAGGUCAACCCGCUCAGUGGCCUUGAGUCCUAAUUGGUCGUUGACUAAAUGUAGCAAUGGUGGUGUACAUCUGCCAGUCACCAGAUCAACCCCCUGUUUCACCUCCCCCUCGGGAAGAUAUGCUUCUGCUGCUGGUAUAGCUUCCUCUCCCUCUACUGUCGGAUGUGGUCGCGGUGGAUGCGAUCAAGGAGGAGACACUGCUAGGUACAAAAAGGCACAGUUCAACAAAAUACAACUGAAGAUAAAGGCAAAGCGAAAGCUGGUGGUGAUGUUGAUGACGUUGGUGGCUGUGUUUGCAUUCACGUGGAUUUUCUUCCAGCUCGUGUUCCUCAUCAACUUUUUCGAUCGCUCCUUCUUCGGACACAGCGUACUCAAGGUAUACCUGUGUUCGUUCUGGCUGGCCAUGAGCAACACCAUGUACAACCCAAUGGUAUACUGCAGUCUCAACGCCACGUUCCGCAAUGGGUUCAAGUACAUUUUCCGCUGGCUGCCGUGCGUCAAGUUCCACGGUGAGACGCUGGGUCAAAUGGGCGGCCCCAGUCAAGUGGUGAUCCGCCAGAAGCAGAUGCAGAGAAACCGAAUUGGAAGAAGGGGAAGGGCAGAGGACACUUUUAACACUAACUGCAACAUGCAUCGAAUCCCACAAAGCAACUUGUGACUAAAAUAAAGACAUCUGUGUGCGCGAAAUGCUACCGUCUCUCCCUCCCCAGAAAGGCCCCCGCCUACCCACCUUCACGUUUA